AUGACCCAAGGUCAGACUUGUGGCGGCUUGGUACAAGGUCUCAAUGGGACUAUAGAGAGUCCUGGCUUUCCCCACGGCUACCCCAACUAUGCCAACUGUACGUGGAUCAUAGUCACUGGAGAGCGGAACAGGAUACAGUUGUCAUUUCACACCUUCGCUCUGGAGGAGGACUUUGACAUUGUCUCCAUCUAUGAUGGACAACCACAGCCAGGCAACCUGAAGAUGAGGUUGUCUGGCUUCAUGUUGCCAUCACCCAUCGUAAGUACGGGGUCGAUUUUGGCACUGUGGUUUACUACAGACUUUGCAGUUAGUGCCCAAGGAUUUAAAGCAAUCUAUGAAGUUCUACCAAGUCACACCUGUGGAAAUCCAGGGUUGAUACCGAGAGGGAUUAUCCAUGGGACCAGGUACAAUGUCGGCGACAAGAUCCGCUACAGUUGUGUGAUGGGAUAUGUUUUGGAGGGGCAUGCAGUGCUCACGUGCAUAGUGAGCCCAGGAAGUGGUGCAUCAUGGGAUUUCCCUGCACCAUUUUGUAGAGCUGAAGGAUCAUGUGGUGGGACGUUAAGAGGAACAACAGGGACAAUAUCAAGUCCCCAUUUUCCUUCAGAGUAUGAGAACAAUGCUGACUGCAUGUGGAGUAUUCUGGCUGAGCCGGGAGACACCAUUGCCCUGGUCUUCACAGACUUCCAACUAGAAGAUAGAUAUGACUUUCUAGAGAUCAGAGGCACAGAAGCACCGUCAAUAUGGCUGACUGGAAUGAAUUUGCCAUCCCCUGUCAUCAGUAGCAAGAAUUGGCUGCGGCUUCACUUCACAUCUGACAGCAACCAUCGGAGGAAAGGCUUUAGUGCCCAGUAUCAAGUGAAGAAGGCCAUCGAGCUGAAAUCCAGAGGGGUGAAAAUGCUCCCGAGCAAGGAUACAAGUCACAAAAAUGCAGUCUUAAGCCAAGGUGGGAUGGCUGCAGACAUUUGUCCAGAUCCGGGGAUUCCUGAGAACGGGAAAAGAAUUGGCUCCAUCUUCCAGGUUGGAGCCAGCAUCCAGUUUUCCUGCGACGACAGCUACGUACUGCAGGGAUCAAAGAGCAUCACUUGUCAGAGAGUGACUGAGACCCUGGCGGCCUGGAGUGACCACAGGCCUAUCUGUCGGACUAGGACCUGUGGCUCUAAUCUGCGGGGCCCUAAAGGCAUCAUAACGUCUCCAAAUUAUCCCGUCCAGUAUGAGAAUAAUGCACACUGUGUGUGGGUCAUAACAGCAAUGGAUCCAGAGAAGGUCAUCAAGCUGGCUUUUGAAGAGUUUGAUCUAGAGCGAGCGUACGAUACGUUAACAGUGGGUGAUGGAGGGAAGAUAGGUGAUGCUCGAAGAGUACUUUAUGUUCUCACGGGAUCCAGCGUGCCCGAUUUGAUUGUGAGUAUGAGCAACCAGAUGUGGCUCCAUCUGCAAUCUGAUGACACGAUCGGAUCACAAGGUUUCAAGGCUGUAUAUGAAGAAAUUGAGAAAGGUGGAUGUGGAGACCCAGGCGUCCCUGCAUAUGGAAAGCGAACUGGAGACCAUUUUUUACACGGUGAUGUGCUGACCUUUGAGUGUCAGGCUGCUUUUGAAUUGGUCGGCGAGAGGACAAUAUCAUGCCAGCAAAAUAACCAGUGGUCUGGAAACAAACCCAGCUGCGUCUUCUCCUGCUUCUUCAAUUUCACCACUCCGUCAGGCAUCAUCCUCUCGCCAAGCUACCCAGAGGAAUACGGAAACAACAUGAACUGUGUGUGGCUCAUUAUAGCUGAGCCAGGCAAUCGGAUCCAUCUCAUUUUCAGCGAUUUUGAGUUGGAGCCCCAGUUUGACUAUCUCAUUGUGAAAGACGAUGGGAUGCCGGAACCCACCACGUUUGGAACGUUCUCUGGGAAGAAUGUACCCUCGCAGAUCGCUAGCAAUGGGCAUAUAAUGCGCUUGGAGUUCCAGUCGGACCACUCAAACACGGGAAAGGGGUUUAAUAUCACCUACACAACUUUUGGACAAAAUGAAUGUCACGACCCUGGUAUUCCCAUCAACGGGCAACGCUUUGGAGAGCACUUCUUACUGGGAAGCUCAGUGCUCUUCACGUGUGAUGAGGGCUUUAUCAAAACCCACGGAUCCGAAUCCAUCACCUGUGUCAUCCAGGAUGGAAAUGUAGUGUGGAAUGCGGCUGUCCCACGGUGUGAAGCUCCAUGUGGCGGACAUCUAACGGCUCCCAUGGGGGUCGUACUGUCCCCUGGCUGGCCCGGAUACUACAAAGACUCCCUCAACUGCGAAUGGGUGAUUGAAGCCAGAAAGGAUCAUGCCAUCAAGAUAUCUUUUGACAGGUUUCAGACGGAGGUUAAUUACGACACGCUGGAGAUUCGGGAUGGGCCCUCCAACUCGUCGCCUUUGAUCGGGGAGUACCACGGCACUCAGGCCCCCCACUUCCUCAUCAGCACCGGCAAUUACAUGUAUCUGCUUUUUACUACUGACAACAGCCGUUCCAGCGAAGGCUUCCAGAUCCGCUAUGAGAGUAUUAUGAUGGAAACAGAUUCCUGUUUAGAUCCAGGUAUCCCGGUGAAUGGGAAAAGGCACGGGAACAAUUUCGCCAUCGGCUCCAGAGUGACGUUCAGCUGCGAUCAAGGCUAUACUCUGAGCGAUAAUGAACCCAUUGUGUGUGAGAGAAACCAUCAGUGGAACCAUGCACUGCCCAGCUGUGACGCUUUGUGUGGGGGCUAUAUCUAUGGAAAAACUGGAACGGUUCUUUCCCCUGGUUUUCCGGAUUUCUACCCAAACUCUCUGAACUGCACUUGGACGAUAGAAGUGUCCCAUGGGAAAGGAGUGCAGCUUCUCUUCCACACGUUCCACCUGGAGGACUCCCAUGAUUACCUGCUCAUUACCGAGGACGGCAGCUUCACCGAGCCGGUGGCCAGGCUCACGGGCUCCGUCCUGCCACCCUCCAUCAAAGCAGGCCUGUUUGGCAACUUCAGCGUCCAGCUACGCUUCGUCUCGGACUUCUCCAUGUCAUACGAGGGCUUCAAUAUCACCUUCUCAGAGUACAGCUUGGAGCCGUGCGAGGACCCGGGAGUACCCGCAUACAGCAGGAGGGUGGGCUUUCAGUUUGGGGUCGGCGACUCCCUAGUCUUUUCCUGUUUUGCGGGCUACCGUUUGGAAGGCGAGAGUAAGAUCACUUGCUUGGGUGGAGGGCGGAGAGUGUGGAGUGCAGCCCUGCCCAGAUGUGUGGCUGAGUGUGGAGCCACUUCUGUGGCUAGUCAGGGUGUCCUACUGUCCCCCAAUUACCCGGCAAAUUACGACAACAACCACGAGUGCAUCUACCGCAUUGAGUCCGACAGAGGCAAGGGGAUUCAAAUCACAGCCACCACCUUCCAGCUUCACGAGGGAGAUUUCCUCAAGGUAAGAAUGACCGACAUGACCGGGGACACCUAAUUAUUCAAUUUUACAAAAAACGACAUGUCUGAUGUCAUCCUCAACAGCACGUCCAACCAUCUUUGGAUGGAGUUUAACAGCAAUGGUACCGGUACCAGCAAAGGAUUCAAGCUGUCGUACAGCAGUUUUGACCUUGUCAAAUGUGAGGAGCCGGGGACACCUAAUUAUGGCUACAAAAUCCAAGACGAUGGCCAUUUUGCAGAUACAUAUGUUUUGUACAGUUGCAAUCCUGGAUACACACUACAUGGAAGCAGCACGUUAACGUGCCUCAGUGGAGACCGUAGGGUGUGGGACAAACCACUUCCAUCUUGUAUUGCCGAGUGCGGAGGACACAUUAGCGGCGCCACAUCUGGACAGGUUCUGUCUCCUGGUUACCCAGCCCCCUAUGACAACAACCUUCACUGCACCUGGUCCAUUGAGGCGGACACAGGCAAAACCAUCAGCCUUCACUUCAUAGUCUUUGACACGGAAGUGGACCAUGACAUUCUGAAGGUCUGGGAUGGACCAGCAGAGAGUGGCAUUCUGCUGAAAGAGUGGAGUGGAUCGCUUUUACCCGAGGACACUCACAGCACCUUCAACAUCCUCAUGCUCCAGUUUGACAGUGAUUACUUCAUUAGCAAGUCCGGUUUCUCCAUCCAGUUCUCUACUACAGUUGCCACGACCUGCAACGACCCAGGGACCCCUCAAAAUGGGACACGCUAUGGAGACAGCAGGGAGCCUGGCAACACCAUUUCCUUUCAGUGUGACCCUGGGUACCAGAUUCAAGGAGUGUCUGAAAUCACUUGCGUUCAACUCAACAGCCGAUUUUUCUGGCAGCCGGACCCACCCACCUGCAUUGCUACCUGCGGGGGCAAUGUGACAGGGCCUGCUGGGGUAAUUCUAUCACCCAACUAUCCCCAACCCUACCCACCAGGAAAAGAGUGUGACUGGCGGCUAAAAGUCAACCCUGACUUUGUCAUCGCUUUAAUCUUCAAAAGUUUUAACAUGGAGCCCAGCUAUGACUUCCUCCAUAUCUAUGAAGGUGAGGACUCCAACGGACCCCUAAUCAUCAGUCUGCAGGGGAACCAGGUUCCUGAGCGCAUCGAGAGCAGUGGAAACAGCCUUUUUCUGGCCUUCCGCAGUGAUGCCUCCCUGGGGAUGUCUGGUUUUGCCAUCGAAUAUAAAGAAAAGCCACGAGAAGCAUGCUUCGACCCAGGGAACAUAAUGAACGGAACUCGACUGGGAAUGGACUACAAGCUGGGAUCAACUGUGACAUACCAGUGUGAUUCUGGUUACACCAUUGCGGGACCACCUACUCUCACCUGCAUCAUGGGGGCUGAUGGGAAACCUGUAUGGGACAAAGCUCUGCCUACGUGUAAAGCACCAUGCGGUGGGCAGUACACUGGAUCAGAGGGAGUGGUAUUAUCCCCAAAUUACCCUCUCAACUACACGACAGGCCAGACCUGCUCCUACUACGUCACAGUGUCUGGAGAAUUUGUGGUGUUUGGGCAAUUUGCCUAUUUCCAGACAGCCAUGAAUGACUCCGUUGAGCUAUUUGAUGGGCCCAAUCAGAAUUCUAGGCUGCUAAGCUCCCUGGCUGGGUCUCAUUCCGGAGAAACCUUGCCCUUGGCCAUCUCAAACCAAAUCAUGUUGAGAUUCAGCGCAAAAAGCGGCCCGUCCGCCAAAGGUUUUCAUUUUGUUUACCAAGCUGUUCCACGCACCAGUGAUACACAGUGCAGCUCCAUCCCAGAGCCCAGAUACGGCAGGCGGAUCGGGUCCGAAUUCUCAGCUGGCUCCAUUGUUCGUUUCGAGUGCAACCCUGGAUACCUCCUCCAGGGAUCCAAAGCCAUCAAGUGUCACGUAGUCCCUAACGCUCUGGCGCAGUGGAAUGACACCAUCCCGAAUUGUAUAGUCCCAUGCAGCGGGAAUCUGACAGAAAGGAGAGGUACCAUCCUCUCCCCCGGGUUCCCGGAGCCUUAUGGGAACAGCUUGAACUGUGUGUGGAAAAUCAUUGUUACCGAAGGAGCUGGUAUCCAGAUCCAAGUCAUGAGUUUUGCCACCGAGCACAACUGGGACUCAUUAGAAAUCUAUGAUGGUGGCGAUAUGACAGCUCCAAAGCUCGGGAGCUUUUCAGGUACAACGGCUCCAGCCUUGUUGAACAGCACCUCCAACCAGCUUUACCUGCACUUCCAUACAGAUAUCAGUGUCGUCGCUGCUGGAUUUCACCUUGAGUACAAAACUGUGGGACUGACGACGUGCCCGGAGCCUGUGAUCCCGGCCAAUGGCAUCAAGAACGGUGACAGGUACAUGGUGAACGAGGUUGUGUCAUUCAGCUGUGAGCCGGGGUACGUGCUUCAGGGACAUUCUCACAUGACGUGUAUGCCGGGAACCGUACGUCGCUGGAAUUACCCCCCUCCGCUCUGUAUCGCGAAGUGUGGCGGUAUCCUGUAUGAUAUGAGCAAUGUUGUCCUGAGCCCGGGUUUCCCUGGGAACUACCCUGGAAACUUGGACUGCACCUGGAGAAUCAUGCUUCCUGUUGGAUACGGGGCACACAUCCAAUUUCUCAACUUCACCUCUGAGGAUAACCAUGAUUUUUUAGAGUUUCGCAACGGGCCGCACCACAGCAGCUCUCUCAUCGGACAGUUCAGCGGAAGCCAACUGCCGCCCCCUAUACUGAGCAGCACGCAUGAAACCGUCAUCCACUUCUACAGCGACCACUCCGAGAACAGACAGGGCUUCAAACUCACUUACCAAGCAUAUGAAUUACAAAACUGUCAAGACCCAUAUCCAUUCCACAACGGGUAUAUCAUCAACAGCGAUUUCAACGCAGGCCAAUCCAUAACAUUUGAAUGCUUCCCUGGAUAUGUGUUGGUCGGCCACCAUGUGCUAACAUGCCAGCAUGGAAUCAACAGGAAGUGGAACCACCCUUUUCCUCACUGUGAAGCUCCCUGCGGCUACAACGUGACGGCUCCAAACGGCACCAUUUUCUCUCCAGAGUACCCAAAUGAGUACCCAGACUCUCAGGACUGCACUUGGCUCAUCACCGUGCCCCAUGGUCACGGGGUUUACAUCAACUUCACCCUGCUCCAGACUGAGCCUGUGACUGACUAUAUCGCUGUCUGGGACGGCCCAGAGCAAAGCUACCCGCAGCUGGGAAUUUUCAGCGGCAACACAGCCCUCGAGUCAGCCUACAGCACUUUCAAUCAGGUUCUUAUCAAGUUCCACAGCGACUUCUCGACAAGUGGAUUCUUUGUCCUCAAUUUCCAUGCUUAUGGGCUCAAGAGAUGCCCUCCUCCCCCUACGGUUGAGCAAGCAGAGGUAUUAUUUGAAGACCAGGACUACGAAAUCGGUGACAUUGUGAGGUAUAGAUGCUUUCCUGGAUUUACAUUGGUUGGCAGCGAUGAACUCACCUGUAAGCUGAAUUCUCACCUGCAGUUCGAGGGUCCACCACCGGUGUGUGAAGGGCCAUCUGGACAGAGUCCGUUGCUGGUGGCUCUGAGUGGGAACCACUCCACUCAAUUGAAUUUCACUAGCAAAACAAACCAGCUUUACCUCAGAUGGUCAACUGAUCAUGCGACCAGCAAGAAAGGCUUCAAAAUACGUUACACAGCCACGUACUGCAGUGUGAACGAUCAACCCAAGAAUGGAGGAGUCAUUAAUAGGGCGAGAGAUCAGCCAGGCAGCAGGCUCCAGUAUUACUGCAACGCUGGCUACAGGCUCGUGGGUCACAGAAAUGCCACAUGCAGACUCCAUCUCAAUGGACUUUACCAGUGGGACAAUCCGGCUCCACUGUGUCAAGCUGUGUCUUGCGGAGUGCCAGAGUCUCCUGCUAAUGGCUCAUUCCACGGCUUCCAAUACACAGUGGGCAGUAAGGUGCAGUACCAAUGCGAGGAGGGCUAUAAGCCUGACGCAAGCAGCCUGCUCACCGCCGUCUGCCUGGAGGAUGGCACCUGGAGCAACGUGGCACAUCCUACCCACUGUUUACCGGUUCAGUGCCCUAACAUUGAGAGCUUGCUCUCAGAACACAUGAUGUGGCGUCUCAUCUCAGGCUUGCUGAAUGAGUUUGGUGCACGAAUAAUGCUAAGCUGUUCCCCCGGCUACUAUCUGGCAGGCAGAAGGACCAUCAAAUGCUUAGCUAAUGCAACGUGGGAAGGGCUGGAGGAGAAGUCUACCUGCAAGAUUAUUUCCUGUGGGGAGCUUCCGUCCCCUCCUAAUGGCAGGAAGAUGGGCACUCUGACUACCUAUGGCGCCACAGCUAUCUUCAUGUGCAACACAGGGUACACUUUAGUGGGCUCGCACGUGAGGGAGUGUCAGGCUAACGGUCUCUGGAGUGGAGAUGAGACCAAAUGUCUGGCUGGUCAUUGUGAUUCUCCGGAUCCGAUUGUUAACGGCCACAUCAGUGGUGAUGGAUCUAGUUAUAGGGACACAGUUGUUUAUCAGUGCAACCUGGGCUUUCGGCUCAUAGGGACAUCGGUUCGUAUCUGCCAACAAGACCACAGGUGGUCAGGCCAAGCACCUGUGUGUGUUCCCAUAACCUGCGGCCAUCCUGGAAACCCUGCAAACGGUCGGACAAACGGCAGUGAGUUUAAUCUCAACGACGUGGUCAACUUCACCUGCAACACAGGCUAUGUGUUGCACGGUGCAUCCAGAGCGCAGUGUCGCAUGAACGGACAGUGGAGCAACCCUCUUCCUGUGUGCAAGGUGGUAAACUGCUCUGAUCCGGGCUUUGUGGAGAACACCAUUCGUCACUCUCAACAGCACUACCCCGAAAGCUUCAACUACAGAAACACCGUGAUGUAUCACUGCAAGAGGGGCUUCUAUCUGCUCGGCUCCUCCGUCCUCACCUGCCAGUCAAAUGGCUUCUGGGACAGAUCACUUCCUAAGUGCCUUCCAAUAUCCUGCGGUGAUCCCGGCACACCGCCGUUUGCUGUCAUGUCAGGCCAGAAGUUCACCAACAGAGCUGUGGUCCAUUACUCUUGCAGCCAGGGCCGGACUCUGGUGGGGAACACCACGCGCCAGUGUCUGGAUGAUGGCCGGUGGAGCAGCUCGCCGCCCUACUGUUCAGGUGAUAAUCCAGGAUUCUGUGGCGAUCCAGGAAUUCCUCCUCACGGUUCUCGUCUUGGGGAGGAGUUCAGGCAUAAAAGCCUCCUAAGGUUCACGUGCGAAGCGGGCUACACUCUGAUCGGAUUUUCCGAGCGCACCUGUCUGCAGAACGGGUCCUGGAGCGGAACCCAGCCCGUGUGUGAAGCUGUAUCCUGUGGAAAUCCUGGAAUGCAGGCCUACGCCAGGAUCGUUUUCAGCGAUGGUAUGCUGUUUCCUAGCUCGGUGACAUACGCCUGCUGGGAGGGGUACAAGACCUCGGGUCUCACCACUCGCCAUUGCACCACCAAUGGCACCUGGACCGGCUCAGCACCAGAUUGCAUCGUUAUCAGCUGUGGGGAUCCUGGUCCAAUUGCCAAUGGAAUUUACAUCGGAAAUGAGUUCAUAUUUAACAAAACCGUCCACUAUCGCUGUAACCCUGGGUAUGUAAUGGAGCCCCCUGGUUCAUCUACUCUACGCUGCAGCAAAGAUGGCACUUGGAAUCAGACCAAACCAAGCUGCAGAGUCAUAAUGUGUGGUCAGCCGCCAGCUAUCCACAAUGGGCGAGUGGAGGGCUCAGACCUGCAGUGGGGCUCUAGUGUUACCUACAGCUGCUUUGAAGGAUACCAGUUGUCCUCUCCUGGAAUAGCCACAUGUGAAGGGAACGGCACAUGGCGUGGUGAAAUCCCUCAGUGUCUGCCCGUGUUAUGUGGAGAUCCAGGCACCCCUGCAGAGGGCUUCAUAGAGGGCCGGCAGUUCACCUACAAAUCAGAGGUGUCAUUCUACUGCAGACCUCCAUUCCUGCUGGUGGGCUCCUCAAGAAGAGUUUGCGAGGCGUACGGUUCAUGGAGUGGAAUACAGCCUUCUUGCAUUGAUCCAACCAACAAUGCAUGUAAGGAUCCCGGAACCCCAGCAUAUGGAAUUCCAGUCCAGGCUCAGGGAUUUGAGGUUGGAAGUCAAAUUUUCUUCAGAUGUCGGAAAAACUAUCACAUCCUCGGCUCAACAACGAGAACGUGUUUAGAAAAUUUAACAUGGAGUGGGAUGCAACCAGAGUGUGUUGCACAUGCCUGUAGACAGCCUGAGACGCCAUCUCAUGUAGACGUGAAGGCUAUAGACCUGCCUACUCUAGGUUACACACUCAUGUAUACAUGCCAAGAUGGUUUCUACUUAUCUGGAGGAUCAGAGCACAGGACUUGCAAAGCAGAUGGGAGGUGGUCAGGCAAACCUCCAUUCUGCAAAGAUAAAGGGUUAAGUCAAUUAAAUCAACUAACGCAUUUACCAGUAUGAAUUCCUGCAGACGUGUUCUCUUUGAACUCUGGUUGGGCUGGAUUCUAUGAGUAUUUGGGAAAGAGACAGGCUGCCACAGUAACAGUCAAUGCAUUCAAUGCCACCACCAGCCGGGUCAACGUCACUCUUCUGGAGCAGAGCGGGGUGCACAUCAAACUCUCUGGAACUUACAAGAAAGAAGAAAAUCAUCUAAUAUUAAAAGUUUACCAGAUAAGAGGCCCAACAGAACAAUAUUUUAGCAAAUUCAAAAACGAUAACUGGGCAAUGGAUGGAUAUGUUACUGCAGAAACGGAGAAAAAAAUGUUUGUUUACCAAGGGCACAUUCACAGCAAGGAUUUUGGGAAGUUUCAGUUAACAAGACAAGGUCUUAUUACCACAGAUAUGGAUCCAUCUAAUCCUCACUACGGCACAAACAGCAGUUCUGUGGCAGCUGCCAUUCUAGUGCCCUUCUUUGCGCUUAUUUUAUCAGGGUUUGCCUUUUACCUCUACAAACACAGAACAAGACCAAAAGUUCAGUACAACGGAUAUGCAGGUCACGAGAACACUAAUGGACAAGCUUCAUUUGAGAAUCCCAUGUAUGAUACAAACAUGAAACCAACAGAGGCAAAGGCUGUGAGGUUUGAUACGACCCUCAAUACAGUCUGCACAGUAGUAUAGCCUUCAUUAUCAGCUCUGGACCGACCGGCCUCAUGGGUAAGCAGCAGAGCAGUGGGAACCAGACGCUAAUACUCCUUUACGACUGACUGCACUUUGCUAUAGAUUUUACUUUUAUCACAAGCUUACAGUGGACAAGAUAAAACCAAUGACUAUGUUUUUUAGAGAAAAAAACUAAAUU